AUGGAGCUACGCAACAUGAUUCAGGAGAAGGAGGAAGUGAAGAGAUCUAACUGGGCACAGGCUAUACCUCUCUCUUAUCAAGAGAAUGAAGACGAAAUUCCAAAUACUAGUCCUGAAGGAGAGAAUCUCAAUGCAAAUAAAACAACUUCAAUAACUAAUUGGGAUGAUAUAUUGGGAGAACCGCAGGUUUCAAUAGAUGAUGAUUAUACAACAGCAGAAUCCAAUAGAUUUGAUGAGGACGAUGAUGAUCAAACCUACGAAGAUGAAGGUAGAGCUAUGGAGUUGUCAGAGAGAGGUUGUGUAGCCGAAAGGGUUGGAAGGGUCUUAAAUGUUGGUAGAUCGGAUGUCAAAUCGCUAGGAGAUCGAAAAAUACAAGUUGAUAUUUCUUUUGUUCAAGGUCAAGCAUCACAAAAUAGAAUAAAACAGAUAAUCGAAGAUGUCAUCAAGAAGUAUACAUCUAUACCAGGGAGAGUAGAAACAGACUCCUCCAACACUCCCGGAGUUUAUACGUUCAAUGUAACUAAUCCUUAUUUAUCUCCUAGAUCAGUAUCUUCUGAAGAACCUACCACACCAGCAGGGCUAUUGGCUAUCUUGAUAGCCACCGGUGGCCAUCAAGGCUUAGUUGUCAACCGGAUUUUGAUGUCAACUAAAAUUAUCAUAACAUUGAUGCCUGCAAGAAGAAAAAUAUCCCCGAGGCAAAUGGAUAUACUUCUAGAGUUUGCAGAGUCGAAUCGCGACAUUGCUUUAGGUCGCUUAACAGGCGGACCACUAGCCCAUCAGGCUACCCGGCAAGCUUGGGUUUCAGUAGCCAACAAAUUAAAUGCUAUAGCGGAAGGUUCCACAAAAACGGGUGACCAGUGGCGUCGCUAUUGGAUAGAGUUUAAGGCGAAAACGAAAUCCAAAGCAGCAGACUCUAGAAGGAAUGCCUCAGCAACUGGUGGAGGGCCUAACAAACUCGUUCCUCUUACUGAUACAGAAGAACGAGUGCUGGCAAUAAUUGGUACGGUAGCGGUGGAGGGUUUGCCUGGUGUGCGCCUGCCUCUUGAUAUACCUACAGCAGAAGGGACUCAGCCUCCAGGUACCUCAGAGGCUGUACCAGCCAGCCCCAGUACAGCUUCACCUAUGCCACAUUCCUCAGCUCCUUGUUCCGAUAUUAUAUCUCCAGAACCUCCAAUGGAUGUGGAAUGGCUUGAAGAAGAAGUUCCAUUUCCAUUAGGAGUUCCAUUCUCUGAGCCUUCAUCCUCAAACCCACUUCUCCCAGACACAGAGCCCCCUGCCCCAGCCACAGAGCCCCCUGCUCGAGCCACAGAGCACCCUACCCCAGCCACACAUACUAUACAGUCAGUCAAUCCACCUGAAGUUGCAUCACCAAGAGAAGAAAGGCCUCCCGUGCACACGACACUGCCUACCCAAAGGUCGACAUCACGUAGUCAAAUACGUCGAGAUGAGCGAGUACCACGAUGGGCCUACGACUUGGAGGAAAGACGCAUUGCUGUUGAGGAACGCAUUGCAUCCGCAUUGGAGGCCAUGGUGGAGUUAAUGAGGGAAACAAAAUGUUGCCAUAUCUCAGAGUCAUCAAGACAUCAAGAGAAGCCU